UAAUGAUUCAUGGUCCCAAUUCUUAAUUUUCUGGCGCUUUCACUAUAGGCAAAAGAUAUGAAUGUAAUCUAUGUUUUAAUCUUAGGUGCCAUAUACCAAACCAAUCCAAAUCCUGGGUAUCAUAUUUAUUCACAUUAGACCAAAUCAUUAUUCAGUCAAUCCCUUAGAUAAACCAACGGGAUAUAAGUUUUCGAAAUCUAACAGGAAACCUCUUUAUUAAGCUAGUCUAGCCCCUGAUCCUGGGACUUAUGACUCUAAAUUACAGGCAAUUAUUAGUAUAACUUAUUUAGGCAAUCUUACCUCACACAUCCUCAGUCAAAUUCACUUAAGCAAAAGAGACAUCUCCCAAAGAAACUGAAAUUGGCCCAGGAUCAUAUAAUUUAUCUGAUUCAAAAAAAGCACCUGCAUUUACUUUCUAAAGUAGAUUUGAUUCCAUUGGAAAUGAAAUCAUGAAGACUCCUGGUCCUGGAAAUUAUGAAUUGGAGCAGAGUCAUACUCAAAGACCUAAAAAUAAAGGAUUUUCUACUAGUUAAAGAACAAACAUACUAUUAUCAAAUCAUCCAGGACCUGGUUCAUAUGAAAUAGAAAAGCCAAAGUUUUAGACUAACAUUAAGUAUUCUAUAGUUUUAUGUAAAAAGAUUUCCAAAAUCUUAAAGGAGCAUGGAUUGGAGUCAGAUUGGGCCAGGUCCAGGAGCAUUUGAUCUUAAUUUACCAAAAUAAUAAGGCAUUACAUUUGGAAGCAAAAUAAAUUAAUAAAUUGACAGAGCAAAUGUUCCAGGACCAGGUAGUUAUGACCCAGUUGUGUUGGAUGGAAAAUUUAAAAGUAUUUAUGGAGCAAAGUAAUUAAAUUGUUAAUUUCAAGAAUAGGGAAGUCGAAGAGAAGUAGUUAAAACUUUUCAAAACUUGGUCCAUCUCCACUUGAUUAUGAUGUUUCUAAUUAUAAGUAUCCUACUAGACAUGCAAGGUUUUGACUUUGAUCUAUAAAUAAUUUUAGCUUCAAUAAGGCAAUGAGACCAUCAAUAAUAUCAACAGAAAGAACGCCAGGGCCAGGAUCAUACAAAAUUGAUUCACAACUAAGAAGGAAUGGGGCAAUAAUUCCAAAAGCUCCUAAGGAUCAAAUAAAUUUAGAAAAUUUACCAGUUAUGAUUUAAGCUUAUAGUAGGGACCUGGAAAAUAUAAUCCCAAUGAUUCAAUGAUCUCUAAUAAAGGACCUAGUUAUCAUAUUGCAAAAAAAUAUGAUAAACCUCAAGAGUUAAGUUUACUGGGACCUGGCAGAUAUAAUAUUAUAAGAGAUAUUAAUGAUGGACCAAAAUACACAUUUCCUACUCUUGAAAAAAGUAUGGAGAAAAAAUCAAUAGAUCUAAAUCAGUAAGAAUCUAACUAAAAAUAGAUCACAUUGUUAUGAAAUACAGUAAACAAUAGGAUACAUUCCUUAAUAUGUUCUUCAUAGUUGA